AUGGACUCCUCCAAGCACGAUCCGGCUCUGCCUGCUUACACAAAGCACCACCCAACGUCCUCCAUCGACAGUACACCAGAGGAUCUACCAGAGAGCAAAUCUCAUCUCUACCAUGUGUACAACACCUACUGGCAAAACCAUUACAACAUCACAACCGCUGACAAGCAUCAACUAUACUAUGUGGAUAAUUCUGUGUGGACACCCAAAAAGCCCGACCUAACCCUCCAUGCGGGGUCCGACAACACCGCGCCGACCGUGGCGGUCUGCAAGUACAAAUAUUUUUCGCGACGCUUCCACGUCGGCCUGGGAGACCCGCAGAAUCCUAACAAAAUGGACUGGGAGAUGGUCGCCACCCAAAGCGUCAUGCACGAGAGGUACCGGUGGCAUAUCAACCUCCCGAGUGGCAGGCAGGCUUUUGUCUGGAAGCAGACGCGCUCCGUCGGUAUUGACGAAUCCUUUUCCGGGCUCUGUGGCACCAACUUCAAGCUCGUGGACGACCGGACUGGACGUCUUGUGGGACUGUUUUCGAGUACCGUGAUGAGCUUGAAGAAGUCGGGCAAGUUCCGAGUUACUGCGGAGUAUGGGAAAGAGUUUGAGGUCAUGGCUCUAAUUACCGUGCUGGGGUUGUACGAGAGCGCAAGACGCCGCCAAGCUUCGGCCAGCGGCGGCGCCGGCGGCGGCGGCGGUGGUGGUGGAUAA